ACAUUUUGCUCUUGAGUUGUAUUGCAAGAAAGCGUGUCUUCACCAGAGCUAGUCGGGAUUUUAAUCGGAAGAAAAUGUCAAAUAUCAGGGGGAGUUUACCAAAAGCUUUCGGACGGGUGAAAGAAGUUAGGAGUUAAGAAAAAAAAAGACCAUCACUGCGUGUUGUAUUCUGGAGCAGGAGAUUCAGACUGUCAUUUGAAAUAUAUGCGUUUGUCUUGAGUGACUUAUUUUUUUACAUGUAAUGUACGUCUCGCUGGAGGAAGAAGUCUCCGCUCCUUCGUGUCUUCAAGCUGCAGCUCGUCGCUUAAACCCUCUGUAAAUGAGUCGGGAGCCCGUCGGCGGAGGGACGCGGUGUAACGUUCACCCCCGGGCUGCUCGCCGAGUCCGCCUCGCACACCACUGACGUUACGGUGGCCCGCCUCGGCAGCGGGUUACAGACACGUCGGUGCUGCGGGAGAGACGAAUUGCCACCGCAGCGGUGUGAUGAUGCUGCAGCUCUUAGACCGGGCGACGGCAUCCCCGCACGUCUCUUUUUAAAUAAACUUACGUUGCCGACACCAUGUUUGCACUGUUUUAAUCCGCCCUUAAUGUGGCGGAACGGUCGGCGUCUCUUAUUUGCUGCAAUUUAACUUCCCCGCCGCGGUCUCCGCUCGGCGCCCACAACCAGUGGCGCUCCGCUGUGAAGCAGCCACGCUGCGACCUGAUGGACUGUGUUCUCGUCAGGUUCAUAGAUCGUCAGGAUGAAUCCUCAGCAGCGGAUCGCCGCUCUCGGAACAGACAAGGAAUUAAGUGACCUGCUGGAUUUCAGUGCGAUGUUCUCUCCACCUGUAAGCGGAGCGAAAAACAAGCCCACCACACUCGGAAGCAGUCAGUUCACUGCACCAGGUAUGGAUGAGCGGACCAACCAAGCAUCUUGGGCCCCAGGUGGCGAGUCCAGUCCCCCCUAUGAGUCCUCCCGGGGUUUCGCUGACAGGCCUCAUUAUGGCGAUCAUCUGAGUGACAGUCGAUUAGUGUCCCACGAAGGAUUGUCCCCAACACCUUUCAUGAACUCAAACAUAAUGGUUUCCAUGCAGGCUCAAUUAGAACACGUGGUGUUCGGGCGGAACAACUGA